AUGUCGGAUAGACUUGAGGACUCGAUGGGGGAGCAGCCAUACCCACUGGGUGCUUCGGGUUCCGCAGACCUAGCCAGCGUGACUGACGACCAUCUCAUGCGCCUCUUCCAAACGGCGCCUAUCAUAUACAACAUCAACGUCAGCAAGGUAGUUCGGAUCUCGGAACACCUCGUACUCAAGGGGGGAGCCUGCCUGACGCAGUGGGAAGCCGAAAACCAGAAGUUCGCUGCAAGCCAGGGCUUUCCUGUUCCUACUGUGCAUCGAAUGUUCCGUGGCCCCCUUGAAAACCACCUUGAAUUUGACAUGCGGGAUGAAGUGGUCACACAAGUGGCGAAGUGGAUAGACGACAUGCAGUCAAAGCCCUUCAACAAAAUACAGCCAGGUCCUGUCGGAGGUACGGGUGAUUCACCAUGGGACGGACCGUGGUUCACGGAUUACGGCGCUGGCCCCUUCGCAAACCUCGAGGAGAUGGAGGACUGGUACAACCACAAGCUAGACGUAUGCCAUCGGUUACGGCAGGCUUUCGAAGACAUACCAAGGUUCCAGUUCGAGGAUCUCGUACUCACACACCAGGACAUCGCACCGCGGAACAUUGUCCUCGACGAGGCCACCGACAAGCUGUGGCUCAUCGACUGGGCGAUGAGCGGAAUAUACCCCGUCGGCUUUGAGCAGGCCAGUCUGUCUCGCCAGUGUGUGGACGAGUGGGAUGUGGAGUUCAGGGAAGCGGUACUGGCGAAGUUGGGAAAACGUUGCGAUCGAGAAAUAAGACAGCUGCAGGGGAUCAUGUACGGACUGACGACUGGCGCUUUCCUGUAG